GUCACGUGACCCACAGGGAGUAUCAUGGAGGACCCGAGUCGGGUUGGGGUGUUUGGAUUUGUCUGAUUUGUUUGGUGACUUUCGGGCAAAUUAGCGCCUUCGAGAGUAAUCGUUAGGUAGGGUCAGGUAGGGGAAGGCUGUCGUAAGUUCAGGUAGAAGUUCUAGCUGUUCAGAGUGCGGUAUAAGUCCGGGAGAGGCAUUUUCCCGCGAAGGACCACAGUCCAAACGUCCAGUUCCGGCUGAUCGUAUCACCGAAAAAUUUGGCGUCGGGACCGGUCGAUUCGAUAGCAUGUUUCCGACUCAAGGAGCUCUGAAUGGAAAGUGACAACAGUUGGCUAGGAACAACCUCCACAGUACAGACCCAAGUCUUCCCCCUGAGUCUGACCACAGUACGUACGCCGGAGAGUUGUGCUCCCAGUGGUGUUUCCCAGUCUGACCAAUCCAGUUAAAACUUUAAUGACCAGAAUGGGAGGGGAGCCAAGGCUGCUACGAGCUCCCUCCAUCGAUCGCUGUCUGGAUUUUAUUCCCUGUUGGAUUUCCUCGGAGAUCUCUUAGCUUUGCAGCAGAACGGUCGUCGGCAUUUUAACUCCUGGUGCGAAGUGCUCUUCUGGAGAGAGUUGAUUGAUUGUGAAGAGCGGCCUAAGAGCGGAAUAUCGCCAUGGCGUCAUACGUCGACAGACAGCUACGGAAGAGCCUCAUGACGCCACCCAAUGAGAGGACACCACAGGACCAACAGAUCAUCCACUCCAACCUCCAUGGCAUCGAGGCCUUCGCUUCGCUACGAGAGUCGGCCCUGAGGGCCAUGUGUAAAACUGUCCGCUAUGAAUGGCACGACGCGAACACACUGCUCUAUCGCCCUGAGGACCUGAGUCUAUGUUGGUACGUGCUGUUGUCUGGAUCAGUCUUCAUCGAUGGGUCUAUGUUCUUACCUAGAAGCAGCUUUGGCAAACGUGCAGGAGGAAGCUGCAAGCGAGCCAGCGAGUGUCUAGUUUUGGAGCCCUCAGAAAUGAUAGUGAUUGACUAUCCUGAUGUCCAGUUAAUGCGGCCAGGGCUCCGGACGUCAUACGCGACCAUGAAUCUAGAGAAACUUCUCACCACAGAACAGGAGGAGAAAAAGGCGCGAGCUCGAGGCUCCCAUUCUUCACAGGAGGAAAAUGAGCUGCCAGCAGAGCUGCAGCAGGUGCAGAACCUGCUGGUGCAGACGGAGCUGAAGCUGCACCGCGGGGGGUCUAUCUGCUCGCGCAGCAGCGACUCCGGCAGCAGCUUCUCCGACAACCUGACGCGGUCGGAGAGCGUGGAGCUGGACCUGAGCGGCCUGCAGGAGAGUGUGGUGGACUCGGAUGAUGAAGAGGACGGCAUGAGCCAGUCUUCUGAGUGUCUUCUUGUUCGAGAUGUUGUACGGGACUGUUUAGAAAAGGACCCCUCAGAAAGAACAGAUGACGACAUUGAAUCCCUGCUGGAGUUCAUGCAGCAUCUGCCAGCGUUUGCCAACAUGACGUUAGCAGUGCGCCGUGCCCUGUGUGCAUGUAUGGUGCUGGCUGUAGUAGAGAAGGCAGGGACUGUGGUGCUAAAUGACGGGGAAGAGCUGGACUCCUGGUCGGUGAUACUGAACGGUCAUGUGGAAAUCGAGCACACAGACGCGGCUGUAGAAGAGCUGCACCUCGGGGAUAGCUUCGGGAUCUCUCCCACCAUGGGAAAACAGUACCACAAGGGUGUCAUGAGAACUAAAGUAGACGACUGUCAGUUUGUGUGUAUCACGCAGAACGACUACUACAGAAUCCUGCACCAGGGAGAGGUGAACACCAGACGGGUGGAGGAGGAGGGGGAGGUUGUCAUGGUUACAGAACACCGAGAGCUGGACGGGGGAAACAGGAAGGGACACAUCGUAAUCAAGGGUACCCCUGAUAGACUAAUACAGCACCUUGUAGAGGAACAUUCUGUGAUCGACCCGACCUACGUAGAAGACUUCCUGCUGACGUACAGGGUUUUUCUGGAGAGUCCUGUCGUCGUGGGGACCAAACUACUCAACUGGUUCAAUGACCCUUCAUUAAGGGACAAGGUAACGAGAGUUGUGCUUCUGUGGGUCAACAACCACUUCUGUGACUUCGAAGGCUACCCCGUAAUGACUGACUUCCUGGAGAGGUUUGAAGGCCUUCUAGAACGAGAGAAAAUGGGAGGCCAGUUGAGGUUGCUGAAUAUUGCUUGUGCUGCUAAGGCUAAGACAAGAACCGUCACUCUGGCGAGACCUCAGAAGGACUCGGUUCUGCACUUCUCAGUACUGGGAGGGUGUGAGACGGGGAGCGGCAUCUUCAUAUCAAAGGUGGAGAAGGCUUCGAAAGCCGAGGACUUGGGCUUGAAACGAGGGGACCAGAUCUUAGAAGUCAACGGGCAAAAUUUCCAGAACAUUUCACACAAGAAGGCUCUGGAGGUGUUGCGGGGAAACACACACCUGUCUAUUACUGUCAAGAGUAAUCUGCUAGGUUUUAAAGAAAUGUUGGCUAACCCUGAGACCAAAGGCAGCAGCUCCUCCCCGUCUCACGUUCCCAAGAUCGUGAACGACACGCACGGGCACGGGCGGGCGUCGGCGCCGGACAUCACCGGGUUCCGCCCGGACGGACACAGUAACAAGGAGAAGAAGCGCGGCUUCGGGACGCUGGGACACCGGCAGAAGAUGAAGGCCAUCAUGAGGUCCAUCUUACCCAACACUAAACCCUCCUUAUACAACAGUGAAACCCACCUGAACCAGAGUAAAGACGACAGUGUGUACAUGACAAAGCGAGCGAGUGCCUCCAGCCUGCCCAACUCCAUGUUCCUCAGCUCCAGUAACCCUGACCUGGUGGCCAGUCAUAACUACAUCGACGCACCCAACCAGUACGAGUGUAACGACCAGGCUGUUAAGGUGUACCGCGCAGACCAGACCUGCAAGUACAUUCUGGUCAAUAAGGAUACUUCAUCCAAGGAAGUUGUACAGUUUGCUUUACGAGAGUUCGGGAUCCUGGAUACUGAGAGAAGUUGGUAUGAUUGCAGCGAGAACUUCUCGCUGUGUGAGGUGACGGUCGGCGCGGAGGGACUGAUCAAGCAGAGGAGACUUCCCGACACCCUCACCAACCUGUGUGACAGGAUCAACCUCAACGGAAGAUAUUACCUCAAAGACAACAUGACCACCGAAACACUAGUGCCAGAUGAAACAGCAGUGGAGUUGUUACGAGACAGCCAGGUGACGUUCUUACAGCUGAAAAGUGCUGAAGUCGCCACACAAGUCACGCUAAGAGACUUCCAGGUUUAUGCUUCAAUAGAUGUGACUGAGUAUGUGGAGGAUUUGUUCAAGCUGGACAGUAAAAGGGGCACAGUCAACCUGGAGACCUUUUCAGAGCUGGUGAACCAGGAGAUGUUCUGGGUGAUCACCGAGGUCUGCAGUCAGGAGAACCUGUGGAAAAGGAUGAAGACCAUCAAACAGUUCAUCAAAAUUGCAAGAUACUGUAAGGAGUCUAAGAACUUUAACUCCAUGUUUGCCAUCAUCAGUGGACUUGGACACGGGUCUGUCGCCAGACUAAAGUCUACCUGGGACAAACUGCCCAGCAAGUAUGAGAAAAUGUUUCAGGAUCUAGAAGAUGUAAUAAAUCCUUCAAGAAACAUGUCCAAGUACAGAAACCUGUUGAACAGUGAAGCAGCUCAUCCUCCGGUCAUUCCUCUCUUCCCCAUCAUCAAGAAAGAUCUCACCUUCAUCCACCUCGGCAACGACUCUAAAGUAGAUGGACUGAUCAACUUCGAGAAGUUACGGAUGGUGGCAAAAGAAGUCAGACACAUUCAAAGGAUGUGUUCUGUUCCAUAUGACCAAGCCUCGAUGUACGAGAGUAGCUCGAGCAGCAGCGGGGUCACGACCUCCAACAACCGUCAGUCCACAGGCAUGCUGGGAGCCAUGACGGGGUCAAGGUUCGACAUCUCCACCAUGGGCAGGAGGUGGAAGGACAGACGAGCGUCCACCAUGCCCAACCCGAAAAAGGUUUUCGAGGAGGCUAUGAUGGCUCGCCGGGUGAAGCAAUACCUGGCCGACCUCACCAUCAUUGAUGAUGAGGACAAACUCAGGGAACUCUCUUAUAAGUGUGAACCACCUCCCACUCAGCAGCCUUCCCCGACCAGCUCUGCUGCGGUGAAGAGGCGUAACACGGUGCCAGAAGGACCCAAGUCCACCUCUCUUCUCACAGUCCCACCUAGCCAUACCACACAACGUCGCACGCUGUCAGGGGGCCAGCAAAGAAGAUACCACCCGCCGGGGCCAAGAUUUGGUGCAGAGUCCCCGACAGCGCUGAAGAAGCUCCUGUCCCUGUCGGAGGAGGCCGCCAGGAAGGGGAACAAGAUGAUGCAGCACAGACACUCGGUGGACAACUCCCCUGCCGUUUCUCCCUCUCAUUCACCACGGCUGCGCAGAAGUCCAGGGAUGAGAAGGAGAACAGACGCGCAGCGCGUGAGACGAGGCCACAGUGUUGAUACUGACAUCCCGCUAAACGGCAACCAUCUCAGAAAAUCUCUCUCCACUGCAUCAGUUCCUGUGUCCACGGGGAAGAACCCGCCGCCUCCGUACGAAGGUUCAGACUCCGGAGUAAGCAUGGGCAGUAUCUCCAACUUCGACAGUAUCAGUAACUCCUCCGUCGGAGAAAACUCCCCGCCCGCCAGGGAACGCAAGAACUUCGUACAGAUGAGUUCAAGUCCCCCCCAGGAGAAGAGAAGAAGUCGGCCGGCCUCGGUGGACUCAGGGUCCAACUCACCCCCCUCUGUGAGGAGCAGACCCCCCUCCAGUAGCUCCAACCCCUCGUCCCAGGGGUCGGGAUCCCCCCCUCUGCCCAGGAGGAACCCCCCUGUUCAGGCCACCAUGUCAGUGCCUCCCAUGUACUACACAGACAACCAGAUGACAGACAAAGAUGAGCAUGAUAGCAGAUACUCCGCUCCUCUUCCUCCACAAAAUGCUAGCAGUAAGCCCACCCGACCUCUGCCCCCUACCCCUGACCCCCGACCUUUACCCCCGCCCCCUGACAUCAGGCAUCCCCCCCUCCCUGCCCCAGACACCAGACAACCCCCCUACGUCUCCUCCCCUGUCUCCAGACAGCCCCCAACCCCUUCCAAGACCAACUCUCCCCCUUCCACCCCCACUAACAAGUACUUCCCUUCUCCCUUCAGCAAACAGUCUGGCUCUCCCGUGAGUAAGCAGUUUGCACCUCCUCCCCCCUCGGGUAGACAGCCUCCAUACCCCCACCCCUCGGGACACCCCCCUCUCUCCCCCUCCUUCAGCUUACCCACCCCCUCCUCCCCUAGUGGCAGACCGCACGUGAACUCACCAACUGCCAGACACCCUCCCUCCCCCUCCGCAUCAAAUGCACCACCCCCAGCCUACCGACCCCCCUCCCACAGACCAACCCAACCCCCACCCUACGAAAAAAGACCUCCCCCUCCUCCCCCGAGACAACCCACCACCACCCUCACCUACGACCCCAGAAUAGCCACGCAGGUUGCUGCCCACCACGUGACCCCUGACCCUUACGACCCCUCACCCCAAGUGCCUGUCGUACACCCUGACCCUCUCAGCCCUAGAGCGAGACUACCGUCUUACCCUGACCCCUAUACCAUGCCUCCUCGGACCUCUGUCAGUCACAUGGCUCCCGACGAUACGGAAGACUUCGACUUUGAAAUAGAGGAUGAUGAAGAGGAGGAGCAGGUAUCUGCUGUAUAACGCCAGCCGUUAGGAACUGGUGUACGUACAACAACCACUGUCUUGCCAAGGAAAAUUCCAACCAAAAGUUGUCAUCAAGAAACUGCACUGCCAGUCAGUUGAACUUGAAGUUGCAUCUCCAAUGUUGCCAGGAUAUUGUCGAGUGCUGAUGGACAGAAAGAAAACUCAAUCCUAACAUUGGAUGGGUGCGGAAACAACUCUUGUGAUAAAACCACUAACAAUUCACCUUCUGCUGAUGAACAGAAGGAGGAAAUACUGCUCGCCUCUGAGAGGUUGAAUGUCUCAAGUCUACAACUUAGAAGAACAUGUCCGAACCUUACAGGGAAACUUACAGCAGACUCCAGGAUGUGAUAGUUUGCUGUGCAUUCUCUAGACGUAUUGAAGUGUCUUGUACGUGUGUAUGUUGGUGUGUACACAGUCAAUAUGGAGGAAUCACAGUCAUACGGUAGAGAACUGACUCAACUGUGAAAUGAGAGGUUGCUCAAAAAGGUUGAUCUCCCUCGCAAGCUCAUCAACCUCUCUGUCUGAAGUGCCAUAUGUCUUUUCAAGUGGCCACAGUCUGCUCGAACGAUAUUCUCGUCGCCUGUACGUGUCUGUGCAUCUCUGCGUUGACGUGAAAGAGACCCCGCUUGCGUCUGGUCAAGCUCAGUUUCAUGUGGAGAAGCUGGCUGCUAUGAAUGUGUGCAAAGCACGUUGUCACUGACAAAACUGUUAAAUCACAGGAGUCACUUUCUGUGUUGUUGCUGUGGACAAGAACACUGUUAUGGAGAGGUGUAAAGUAACAACUCCACACUUCACCAGAUCUCAGAAGCCAUGUAACUUUUUUUUGUUUUCUGUUAUUAGAUUUUGAUAAAUGCUGACUUGUGAUGAAGUCUCAAUGUUAUGUCUGUAUUGAGUUUCACAGUAACAGUUUGUACUGUAGGGAAAUCUUUUGUUGCACACAGUAUAAUUCUUCUGGCUUGUCUGCCUGUGGCACACAACCCCCCGGGUGCUUAAAAUAAUGGCAGAAAUAUAGCUUACAGGAUUGUAACAAAAAAUGCUAUGAAAUGCACAAUGAUUUGUACAGACUGAACGGAAAGCAUUUUUAGCUGGAACACUGAUUAUUCAGCACUUUUAACCAAGAAGAUUAGAUAUUUUAGAUUGUUUUUUAUUUAGUUAGCAAAUAACAGAUCAACUCUUCAACAGAUAGAAAUUGACAGUGGGUUUCUUCCUCCAAGAUGGCCCUCAAAGCACGAUAGGCUAGUUUGAUAGAUAGAUAUGGGACUCAGUGAAUAACAUGCCAAGGCUAAAGCAGAGAGAUAUUUUGAUACCUUCCUAUGUAUGCCUAUAGAAAAUGGUGACUCUGGCUCAGUACCCAAGCUAGCUAAGUAGAUAUAUAAGUGAAGCAACUUAAUCAUGUGUACAAUACUGAUGUAAGUUGUGAACUGGGAGGGGUUCUAAAUUACAUAUCACACUUGUAUAUUUGUGUAACAUACGUGAAUUUGUAACAAGAUAUGGUGGAAAAGGGAAGGUAUAUUAACAUAGUCUUGUAACUUUGUACAAACUUGGCGAUGUCGUAACAACCAUAUCCAUGGCAAGUGAAUCUGUUUUAUAUUCAUAUACCUUCACUUUGUGAUUGUUCGCUAUAUAUUUUCUUUCCCGUCGUUUUGUAUGUUUCGUAGAUAUUGAUAUGAAGAGCUUCAAGUUGGGAUCUCUGUGAGAUUUCGGUGUCUUCCGUUGUUGUAGUAUGUGCAAGAUUGUUUUGGUCUGUCUGCGACUUGCUUUUAUUUGUUUAAAACGAUGUAAAUACUGCAGAAAAUAAAAUGGACUGAUACAAGCA